AUGCCCCCUCUCUUUCCAACAAGAUCCUCGGGGGCCCCCAAAGGCACAGGGCCCCCCAAAGACACAGGGGCCCCCAAAGACUCAGGGGCCCCCAAAGGCACAGGGACCUCCGAAGGCAAAGGGGCCUCCGAAGAUACAGGGGCCCCUAAGGAUACAGGUGUGGGGGGCCCAAGGGGGCCCCAGGGUACAGGGGCCCCCAAGGAGGCAGGGGCCCCCCAGGAGACGGGGGCCCCCUUGUCCCCGCUAGGGUGCGAGCCGGAUGCUGUUAUUGAGGUUGAGCCUUUGCGGAAGCUCUGGCUGUCUCCCCCUUCUCGAGCCUUUGUUGACGACUCUCCCCCGCGAGCAGAACACCCUGUGGAUUUCUUUGAAUCUCUUUUCAAGCCAGAAGACCUCAAAAACCUCCAAGAGGAAUUCGCCAAACACCUGCCCCCGCAGGGGGGCCCCCGGGGGGCCCCCCAAGUUGGGGGGCCCCCGGGGGCCCCCAGCUUUGGGGGCCCCGCACUCAAGAUUUUGGGUACUGGAUCUGCUGCUCCUUCUCACUACCGCAACGUUUCUGCUGCAGUUCUUUUGCUGACGGAGGGCCUCAGUAUUGUUCUUGACUUUGGGGAAGGCUCUCUCUCGCAGCUGCGGGGAGCCACAGAGAGCGAAGAGGAGUUUCUGCAGCUGCUGCUCUCGAUCCAGUUCAUCUUCGUUUCCCACUGCCACGCGGACCACCACUUGGGGCUCAUGUCGCUGUUGCAGUGUCGCGCAGCACUUUGGCCCGACGCCAGGCCCCCACUGCUGAUUGCUCCAGCUCGCUUACAGGAGUGGUUUGAGUUUCUGGACCGGGAGAUCGCACGAAUGCCCCAUUUGUUUGUUUGCUGCGAGUCUCUCGUUUGCAACUUAGACGAAAAGUUUAGUGUUGAACAUCUGCAGCCAGCAGCAGCAAUGGCUUGGACUGGAGAAGCCCAGAAGAUGCAACUGAGAAUCGUGCCGGUGGACCAUAUCCCCGACUCUUUUGGCCUCCGCGUAGAUUUCGAAAAACUCAGUUUUGUUUAUUCUGGAGACACGAGGCCUUGCAGUCAGCUCUUUGCCUUGGCGCACAAGUGCACUGUGCUGCUGCACGAAGGUGAGGUCUACGGCAGCAGCAACAGCAAAAUAAGCCGCAGCAGCAGCAACUGGCCACCAAACAGCAGCAGAAAAGCCCAGCGAAAAGCACACAGGCCCUAG